AUGAUGAGACAGAACCGCCUCCCAGCAGCCUACUACCGCGGCGGAACUUCCCGCGCCGUCAUCUUCAGAGCCCAGGACCUCCCCCCAGACAAGGAAAAAUGGCCCGCCAUCUUCCACGGCGUGUUGGGCAGCCCUGACGCUGAAAACGGCCGCCAGCUUGACGGCAUGGGCGGUGGAAUCUCGAGCCUGUCUAAGAUCUGUGUGGUCGGCCCGUCCACGGUCGGCGAGAGGGCCGACGUCGACUAUACCUUUGCCGCCGUGGGCGUACGAGACAGCGGUGUUGACUAUAGCUCCAACUGCGGCAACAUGAGCGCCGCCAUUGGGCCGUUUGCCGUAGACAGCGGCAUGGUCACGCCGCAGAGGGCCAGAGAUCAUGGCAACCAUGACGACAACGACCACGACGGCAGUCAGGAUGUGGUGGUCAACAUCCACAACACGAACACGGGCAAGAUCAUCCGCUCGACAUUUCCCCUUGUCGACGACGGCGGCGAGGCUGCGGCGUCUGGGGACUUUGCGAUCGACGGGGUGGCUGGGACUGCGGCACCGGUCCGGCUGGACUUUCUGGACCCUGCUGGGUCGAGGACAGGACGUCUGCUGCCGACUGGUCGUGCGGCGGACACUGUGGAGGGUAGCCAGGCGACGUGUAUCGAUGUCGGGAACCCGUGCGUGUUUGUCAAGGCCGAAGAGGUCGUUGGACAGAAGAUGCCUGAGGAGGGCGACGACGACAAGAAGAGCUUCAUGCCACAGGACAUGGAGAAAGACUUGGACCUGAUGAAUCUCCUGGACACAAUCAGGCGGGCGGCCGGGGUCAGGAUGGGCCUGGCGGGUCAGCCAGCCGAUGUGCCCGAGAGCGUUCCCAAAAUCGCCAUGGUGUGGGUGCCUCAAUUUCGACGACGAGAUGAUGGCGAGAUGAGCCCCGAGGAGAAGGAGAAGAAGAGGGGGAAAUCAGCAGGGGAUAUUUGCGUGCGAGCCUUGUCUGUGGGACAGCCACACAGAGCCGUGCCUGUCACUGUAGCGUUGUCGCUUGCUGCGGCUGCAGAUAUCCCUGGGUCAGUUGUUCAGCAGUGUCUUGAUCAAGUGUCCCACCCUACUGGUCUGCUCAAGGUUGAUGCCAAGUAUGAUGCUGGGGGGAAAUUGGAGAGUGCAGCCGUAUACAGAACGGCCAGGAGGUUGAUGGAGGGCACGAUAUUCUGGAAAUAG